GCUUCAACUAAAUAGAAAAGCUUUAUAAUAAUCAAUGUCAAGUUCAUCGACACCAACAAGUGAAAAUAAUCAUCCCCAACGUAGUCCUCUUAGUAACCGACGUAGCUCUCACAGUAGUAUACAAAGUAGUCCUCAACAUAGCUCUAACGAAAAUGAAAACGAUAAUUCAAUCGGAAUAGAGCGAAAUACAUCAAUUCGCAGCGAUUCAGGCAGUGAUCAUGAGGUGGUUCAACAUAAACGUGUGAAACGUCAUAUUGCAGAAUCUAGUCAAGAUAGCUCUCGUGGUAGAUCUUCAAGUAGCUCAAGGUCGAUAACGCCAACUGCACAAUCUCCUAAAAAUAAAGAUACGAAUUCCAAAUCUUUUUCAGAAAAUCAAUUGAUAAAAGAAAGUCCUUGGGAAAUUACAGAGGCAGAUACUUUAAAGAAUAACUCCGAUAAUGAAGAUAUUGAUGAUUUAUUUGGAGGUGCAGUUAGUGAUGAAGAUGAACAUAAUGAAUAUUCACGUAGGGAAUCAAUUGAAGCUACUACACCGGUUUCAGAUGAUGAAAAGUAUACUAGACCUAGAUCAUUUAAUACUGGAAAUUAUGAGUUAACCUACGCAAAACCUCCAGAGAGUUGUGACGGAAAAUAUUAUAUAGCAAAAUUGCCAAAUUUUUUUACUUAUUGUAACCAAGCCUAUGCUCCUGAAAGUUAUACGGAAGAAGACGAUUACAAGCAUGAGACUACAAUUAGAUUGGGUGCAGAAAACACCAUAAGAUGGCGAUAUAAAAGGAACGAAAUGGGAGGAGAGACCGAAGUAAAGGAAUCAAACACUAAAAUGAUAAAGUGGUCGGAUGGUUCAAUGUCACUUCUUAUUGGCGAAGAGAUGUUUCUAAUCAAUUCUCAUGAUAUAUCAAAACAACAUACAUUUCUUGGUAUACCAAAUAUUCAUAGUAAUUCAAUCGAAAAUCAUGCAAGAUUGACGCAUCAAAUUACUUUCCGUCCUGAUGCUAGCAGCAGGACACACAAAAGACUGAGUGCCGCCAUUCAAGCUAGAAAUGUUAAGCAAGUCAAGACAAAAUUUGUCGAUAUAAAUGAUCCAAAAUUGAUCGAAUUGCAACUUCAAGGUGAAAGAGAAAAAAAACCACGUAAUGAAAAACGUGCAACUACAACAUCAAAAUCAAGAUCACGUAAAAGGUCUUUUGAUGAUUAUUCAGAUCCAGAUGAACUAACAUAUUCAUCCUAUAGAAGAAAUGAUUCAUAUGAGGAUGAUACUGGUUUUGUGGUUGCAGAUGAAAACGAUUCUGAUGAUGAGUAUGGCCGCCCAGAAAAAAAACAUAAAGGAAAAGAAAGGGCUGUUGAAAGUCGUAGGAAGAGGGACUUAUCUUCUGAUGACGACGUGCCAAGAACACGAAAACGCCAUCUCAAAAUGGACAGGGCAAAGAAUUUGAAUGAAUACGAAGAUAAUGAUCAAGAAGAUAAUGAUCAAGAAGAUAAUGAUCAAGAAGAUAAUGAUCAAGAAGAUCAAGAAGAUAAUGAUCAAGAAGAGCAUGAAGAGCACGAAGAGGAGGAUGGUGACAUAUCACCUGUUACAAAGCAGGCAAAUGAAGAUAUUGAAGGAGUCAAUGCUGAUGUUGAUAUGAAUGAUAGUCUUUUACUUGAUAACGAUGAGGAAGAAGAAGAUAUUCCUGUUGUAAAUAAAAAACCAAGAAGAAACAGGAAUAUUUUUAAUGAUGAAUAAAAUUUUUCUUAAAAAAAAAUUCUAUUAGAAUAUCAAGCAAUUUAAGUAAAUAAUAAGAAAUCUAAUAAACAUUAUUAAUUUUAAUAUUCGUAAAAGCUUUUUUUUGCACGCUGUAUAAUAUUGUAAUAGUGAGAUUCUAAAAAUGAUUAAACUAAAUAAUAGUUUAAAUCAUCUAAUAAUAUUAUUAUCGGUUAGAUGCAAUUUUUAUAACCAACUCCCGUUAUUAUCCAAUAAUUUUAUUAUUAUGCUAAUACAUAGUAAAAUGAGAUAAGAAUUAAAUAAGAAAGAAAAAUUGUAGAAAGAAUAAUUAUAUGAUUGUUAAAUAACUAAUAUUAGGUUAAUUUUGAAAAGCAGUUUAAAAUAAUUAUAAACCUAAUUCUAAAAUCAUUUAUUGCUGUUUUCGAAUUGGUGUGGUCGUUGCUUAAUU